AUGAAAACAACUACAUCUCCAAUCUACUCCAGCUCUUCCACAGACUCUCCAACUUACUCCAGCUCCUCUAUGGAAUCAACUACCUCUUCAAGUACGGACACAACCCCUUCUUCAAGCUUUUCCACAUCAUCCUUGGAUUCCACCACUUCUCCAACUGACAUCACCUCAACUACCACCACUGAGGACUCCAGCUCCUCUACUUACUCAAGCUCUUCCGUGGGCUUAGAAACCUCUUCAACUUACACCAGCUCUUCUUCAGGCUACUCCUCGUCCAGCUCCUCUUUGGAGCCCACCAUUUCUUCUACUUUCCCAAGCUCCUCUAUGGAUUCAACCACGUCCCCCUUCCAAUCGACCACUUCUCCAACUGAUUCCUCUGUGGAUUCGACUACCUCACCUAGCUCCAGCACCAUUGAGGAAGGAUCCACUUCCACUGAUUCAUCCGGUGGAAUGGAAGAUGAUGACAUAUAUAUAGUCGUGGUUGUGAUAAUUGUUGGAUUAGUAUUGGCAGUGAUCUUAACCUCCUGUUGCUUCUUCUUCUUCGUUUUAAAGCGUAAAGACCCUCCUGUUCAGGAUCUCGAAGGACAGUUACCCAGAGUUAACGAAAGUGACUCGCUGUAUGAAAUAUCUAUACCAAGAGCUAGCCUUGUACCUUUCACGCGGCAACUGACUCCGUGGGGCGUCCAGAAUCCUGUGACCAUUCGCGAUGACGAGAACGAAGAUCUAGAAUUACCUGAGGACCGUGGAAGCAAUCCUUACGCCCUUGACCAGAUAGAUCUCCAUAGCUUUAGUCUGCAGAGAUUCCUGAGGGAUAUUCAGGAUGCCCGAGCUCCUACUCUAUCUGGAUCCUUCAGACUUCCGAGACUGUGAAAAUAGCCAAGCGCGUCUUUUGAUACUGCACCGAUGGCCCUAUCCAUUGUAUACUGGCUAUAUUAGUGCAAAUACAAAGAAGGGAAGAGCAAGAAAGCACACGGAUAUGACGGUCUUUGAUUUAUUCUAUCCAAGGUCUAUAUUAAUAAGGUCUCGUCACUUCGAAGUUCUGUGCAGCUUUGGAUGAUACGGCCUAUGACGUCACUUGGUAGUGGUUGAGAACGGGAGGGGGAAUAGAGAAUGGUAGGUUGGGUGAAGGAGAUAAUAUAAAACGGUAGCACACUGAACAUAAACUAAAGUAAUAUUAGAUGCUGGCUCAUUCCGGUGAUUUGCACAUUGGACUGAUUUUACAGGCGAUAAUUAACGACGAUUAUUUGUAGGUAUAUAUCGUAUAUUUCACUUUAUAUUUCUUUAAGCAUGCUGCAACAUAGGUAGGUUAUAAUAAAGAAGUAAAAUGAACAAAAAAGACAUGGGAUAUGAAUCAUAAUACUGUCGAAACGCUUUCAACGAAUUAAUUAUAAAAAAAAAUCAUACAACUAAGGUAUCAAAACACACAUCGCAUACAUUCAUUAAAUCUAAGUAGAGCUUAUAUAUAUAUAUAUAUAUAUAUAUAUAUAUAUAUAUAUAUAUAUAUAUAUAUAUAUAUAUAUAUAUAUAUACAUAUAUGAUAAUAAUACAUAUACAUUGCUAUAAAUGUAUAAGUUAAAUGACAAUAAAUACAUAGUCUCUAGCAUACAAAUAUUGCAUUCAACCACUGAACAUGUGUAGGUCAUUGCGGCUUUUGCGUGCGCCAGUCAGUCAUGGGAGCGAAAACGGGAGGAAGAGGGAGAUUUUUGCGAAUCUACGUUUCAUUCACGACUGACCUCAUGCUUAGCAUCGAACCCCCAGGCUUUACUCCAAGUGACGUCAUGCGCGAAACGGACGAAUUGAGUACCUCAGUGACGAGACCUUUCUUACAUAGACGUUGGUGUUACUAACACUUUGUUUAUUCAUAAUGUGUGUAUGUCUGUAUGUAUAUAUGUAUGUAUGCGUGGGUGGAUCAAAACAGAAUGACGCAAAUUUCUUGUCGGAAGAAAUGUAAUUAAUUAUAGAGGAUUUUCAUUCAUGUAGAUAUACCUAAGUGUUAAAAAGUGAUACUACAUCUCUAUGAAAACCAUUCAUUAUAUGCACAUACUGUAAACUUAUGUAAUAAGAUAGACCAUUCUCCCAGUUAGUUAUUAAAUAUAUUCACUUCUGCAAACUGAACAAGAAUCGCAAUCCACAGAGAAAUGAAGACAUGGUGUGAACAGAGAGGAGAUUGAGGACACAGAUCGUCUGAAUGAACAAGGGAUGGAGAACUGAAACCAUGUUGAUAGCUUUUUUGUUAGUUAUGGGCAUGAACCUACUGGUGGUGUGGAGAACAGGAUUUUAACAUUCAAGAGAGCAGAUUCCACCAACAUGUUGUCGUGAACGCAUGCAAACAACGGCCACCUGAUCAUUUUAUUUAUUCAUUUAUUUAUUUUAUAUAUUUGUUUACUUAUCUAUUCACUUAUUUAUUUUACAAUGUUAUAAAGAUAUUCCGGUUGGCCAAAGGGACACCACUGUUGAUUCGCUGAUGAUGCAACAUACAGCGCCACAUUAAUCUGCUCUGUUCUCAGUACCUGCUUUCUUCCUACAAAUAUGCCUCAGAAAAAAAAAAAAAAAAAAAAAAAAAAAAAAAAAAAAAAAAAAAAA